AAAUGCUCCACAACGUGGGUGGGCAGCCAAGAACAACGAUGGUGAUGGUUGUGGCGAUAAGAGUGGCAAUGCUGCGAUGCGCGACAACAGCAAGGAUGACAGCGUUGGCGGCUGGUGUACGCAGCACUCACAGCAGGUGCGGAUCAACAGGGAGGACGACAGCAAUGGCGUCUUUAAGCAGGAUACAGGCCGCCCAGUUUGCGGCGCGGCUCUCCACAGCCGCAUCGAAAGCCGCACCCCACUGCACCACAACGCCUCCUUCCACGCACCAGCAACAACAGCAACAGAGACAGCUGCAGCAGCACAGGCAGCACAGCCACACCCGAACUCUGACUUUGUUAUCUGCCCCCGGGACAGCAGGAGCGAUGCCCAUGCGGAGCCAGCGCGCAGCAGGCACGACCACAGAAGCAAAGGACAGUAGCAAAGUGCUGUCCUUGCUGAAGCAGGGCAAAACGGUUGAUGUGCAAACCAUCAUUGCUGCGCUCAAGACCGCUGCCGAGCAGCGCCAAACAAACGAGUGCCACAUGCUGUUCGACUGCCUUUCGGAGCGCGGUGUUCGCCCAAAACUGGCCCAGUGCAACGACGUGAUCAAGGCAUACGCCCAAACGGGCCGCGUCAAGGCCGUGCACAAGCUGAUUGAGCGCAUGCGCCGCGAGGGCUACGACCCAAACGCCGUCACGUUUGAGCUCCUGUUCCUCGCCUUUGCCCGGAGCCCGUCCUCCAAAGGCCUCGAGGCCGCCUUGGAGCAAUACUUGCUCUCAGAAGUGGAGAUGACACGUGAGCUGUGGACGAACCUGCUGCGUGCCUUUGUUGCCCGCAAACUCGUCGAAGAGAGCCGCUGGGUGUACAACGAGUGGCGGCAGAGGUUGCGGCCGUCUGUGCACAUGCUCAGCACCCUGUGCCGCGACUGCAGCGAGCGAGGGCUGUGGGAGCCAGCGCUGAUGUGGUUUCGCGAGCUCAUGACCGAAUAUGCGACCCGCGUCAAAGCCCACGCAGACAACACAACCACAGCCAACUCCAACCUCACCAACAACGCCACCCGCAGCGGCGGCGAUGAUGCACGUGCUCGGUUUGUCACAGCAUAUGAGGACGUGCUGCUGGUGCUUGCACAGCACGGGCGAGAGGCCGAGCUGACUGCCUUGAUUACGGACGUGCUUGAAUCGAGCGAGCCGCCGCUCAUCGCCGCUGCGGACGCGGACAUGCGCGCCAUCAAUGCCGUGCGCAGCAUCACUUCCGGUGCUGUUGAUGACAGAACGCAAAAGAGGAUCAUCCAGAUGCUGUCGGAGCAGCCUGCGGUGUCGUUGCAGCACCUGCGCGCCAUCACGCGCGCCCUUGCCAAGGCAGGCCUGCCAGGCGCCGUGGACACGGUCAUCUGCGAACGCGAGCGCCUUGAGCAGCCGCUCUCCCUCACAAACUUCCACGAUCUACUGCGCGCACGGGAGACAGCAGCAGCGGCCGCCAAAGCGCAGAAGGACAGCGCCACAGCUUUGCACGCGCACACGUACGACACCCGCUUUCACGGGAGUAAUGACGUCAGCAGGGAGGAUGACGCGUCCUUUUCUCCGCACGAUCUUCUGCAGCGCAUAAGCAGGGCUGGUCUGAGUCCAAACGCGUUUACGUUUGCCGUGCUGAUGCAAGACCAGCUCCAGAGCAGACGGCCCAACGCCGUUAUCCACCUGUGCAAAGAGAUGCGCGCACUCGGCGUUCAGCAGACGGGGUGGGUCAACUCGCUGCUCUAUCGUGCGAGAAAGGCCAUCAAGGGGAAACACAGGCAGCGUGGACGCAGGCAAGCUAGGUGAUUGAUUUGCUCCUGCUUGGUUUGCUUUGUCGAUUACGACGAUAGGAGGGCAAGGGAAGGCGAAGGGGAAAGUUUGUGUAUGUAUGUGUGUGUAUGUGUGUGUGUGUGUAUGUGUGUGAAGAGAGAGUGUGUGUGUGGGGGGGG